CGUUGCUUCAGUUUCGUUUCACCAUUCGCUUUGAACGGUUUUUUCAGCUGCUGCAGCUUUUGUCAGCAGGUUUAUUACCCCGUAAUUUGAUUAUCGUUUGUUAUACAUUCAAUAAAAAAAAACAACCUGCAAUGGUAGCAGUUUUGAACGGGCUGUUCGUGCUGCUAAUUUUCGUGCUGGCACACACCGCUUGUGGACGGUUGUUCGUGAAUCCUUACACCAGCCUUCAAGGAGUACCGCGGAUUACGCUAGGCGACGAUCAAGAUGUUGGUGAACCACUUUUCCUAACGCCAUUCAUAAAAAAUGGCUCCAUCGAAGUUGGCCGGAAUGCUGCCAAAGUGGCCAAUGAAAAUGGCAGCUUUUUGUACGAUGUGGAAAGUUAUUCUGGUUAUCUGACUGUGAAUGAGACACACAACUCUAAUCUGUUUUUCUGGUACUUUGCGGCGCAACAUGACGCUCAAAGUGAUGCACCGGUAGUUCUGUGGCUGCAAGGAGGACCGGGAGCUUCAUCACUGUUCGGUUUGUUUACUGAAAACGGUCCCUUUUCGGUUGGAUCGGAUAUGAAACUGACCCCGAGGAAUUAUUCUUGGCAUUUAAACCACCAUCUUAUUUACAUCGAUAAUCCUGUCGGAGCCGGAUUUAGUUUCACGGAUCACGAUGAAGGGUAUAGCGUGAACGAGCAACAAGUUGGAGAUAACCUUCACAAUGCAUUAUUACAGUUCUUCCAACUGUUUCCACGACUGCAAGCUCGCAAGUUCUUUAUCACGGGAGAAUCUUAUGCUGGAAAAUAUGUACCAGCCUUAGCACACACGAUUCAUCGACAAAAUCCUAACUCGAAGAAUCAUAUAAAUCUCCAAGGACUAGCCAUCGGUAAUGGACUUUGCGAUCCCUUCCACCAACUGUACUACGGCGACUAUUUAUAUCAGCUCGGACUAAUCGAUUCCAAUGCAAGAGACCAGUUCCACGUUUACGAGAAAAAGGGCCGCGACUGUAUAUCUAAAAAAGAUUUUAACUGUGCAUUCGAGGCAUUCGACGCACUAAUCAACGGCGAUCAAUUCUCGAGCGGUUCGUUAUUCAAAAACGUGUCUGGAUUUGAAACUUACUUCAACUACCUGCAAACAAAACCUGACGAGUCCGACACCUACAUGGGUAAGUUUCUGCAGCUUCCUGCAACUCGACGGGCCAUUCACGUCGGAAAUAAUUCAUUCCAUGAUCUGGACAGUGAGAACAAAGUAGAACAACACCUGAAGCAGGACGUCAUGCAAUCGGUCGUUCCUUACCUGGAGGAACUGCUGUACAAGUAUCGCGUUGUCAUUUACAAUGGGCAACUUGAUAUCAUCGUGGCCUACCCGUUGACAGUGAACUUUCUCCAUCACCUUGGAUUCCCGGCUCGUGAACAGUACUUGAAGGCUCCCAGGUAUAUCUGGAGGGUCGACGGCGAAAUUGCCGGUUAUGCUAAGGAAGCCGGUAACCUGGUUGAAGUACUGGUACGCAACGCUGGCCACAUGGUGCCAAAAGAUCAACCCAAGUGGGCUCUUGAUCUGCUCAUGAGACUGACUCACGGCAAAGGCUUCGCUAGACCCUUGGUACAUUGAGGACGCGAAUUCCAAACUGGAGUAGACUCACAUAAGUUUUUUUCCCGAAUCAAUUUACUUUUUUUUACAGAUAUCCUAAAAUAAAGAAAUAAUUUCACCGAAAAACAAAAACUUAA